AUGGUGGGUGUCCCGGGGAAGUCCAAGGGAUGCGAAACCUGCCGCCAUCGUAGGGUCAAGUGUGACCUGCAGCGACCGGCGUGCGGCCGAUGUUUGAGGACGAACCGGACGUGCCCGGGAUACGAGCGUGGAUUGAUCUUCGUGAACAAUGCGCCGCGGGAGACAAAGGGUGGUGUGGCUGUUUUUCGCCCCAAGCAAUAUGCCCGUGACAACGUCUUGGUAUCGCGGGUGCGCGCCAAGGCCAGCUCCUCAUCACCCCUCCGUCUACUGCCGCCCGGACUGGCGACGAGCGCGAGUGAGCAGCACCUGAUUGGGUCCUUUUGGUCCAGUUAUCUCCCCAACGGACGCUUAGCCACAGACGAGGUCAUCAAAUUCUCCAUGUAUGGUUGGACGAAUGUCGUCGAUGAGCUAUAUCACAAGACACCGAUGAUCCGGUUCGCGCUAUGUGCCUGCGCUCUGGGAUUAAGGGGGCUCGGGGAAAAGGACCCCAGGUUGCUUCAGAAGAGUUACCAAAUGUAUGGGAAAACUCUCUCCAGUCUGCCAAGAUGGAUCAGAGAGCCUGAAAAUCAACAGCGGCAUGUUGUGCUCACGACCUUGAAGCUUUGCUUCUUAUAUGAGAUAUGGCUUGGUGCCAAGGAUGAAAGCUCGCUUCAAUUCGCGUCAUGGGUCGCUCAUGUCAAAGGCAACACCGCUUUCAUACUGAGCUGCGAUCCGGGCAUGUUCUCACACGGUCACGCGCAUCGCAUGUUUGCGGAUUGCCGGUUCGAGACGGCAGUUAUUGCAACCCUCACUCGCAAGCCUACGGCUCUGUCUACAUCCAAGUGGAAAGAUAUUCCAUGGAAAUGUAUCCCAAAAACCCCGAGAGAUCGCUUAGUAGACAUCAUGCUGGAUUUUCCCGAGAUCACGACGGAAGUCAGUAGAUUGGAUCUCACAACGAGUGAAUUCGGCCAGCUGUUCCAGCGAGAGAAGCUUAUAGAGAAGUGUUGGUCGAUUAUCCGAGACCUCCGAAGAUGGGAGGAUACCUGUGGUGCAGAGGCCGUCGAGUUCGCAACCAACGGAGUGAAUACCGAGUCUUCUCCAGAUCCUCCCCCUUUCGCCUCUGAAGACCUCGCCAAGGGCCAUAUUAUGCUCAUAUAUUGGGCACAUUGCAUCAUGAUUUGCGACAUAUUUCAAUCGCAAAUUAGGAAAAGUUUAAAGCCGAGGACGCCAGCCGCCUGGCCUGAAUACACGAAGCCAGCAACUUACUGCCGCAAAUUAGCCAGCCUUUUGCGGUUCUUUCAAAUAAACAAGUCGGGCUCUUUCUUUAUGAAUAUGAUUCUCACAACGACGGCAUACUGCUUUGAAUAUCUUGGCAGAGAGGAAGAAGAUGGGCCGUCUAUAGAAAAGGCCAUCCUUCUGAAAGCAUUGCGUGGUCAUAUCGACAAAGACGCGGCGAUUUUUGCCAACAGUUCCAGGGUUUUUCUUAACACAAUAGCCAAUCAGCCAUAUUUGAAAAACUUAAUCAAAUAA